CAAAUGACACCCACACAUUCCAGGAAGCAGAAGAAACCCAGCUCCCCCGAGACUGACUGUUACUUUCUCUCUCCUCCCCAAUUCUCUAUCUCUCUCUCUCUCUCUCUCUCUCUCUCUCUCUACAACUAAGCAGAAUAAAACUGCAUCUGAAUAUUUGAAUCCCCUUGUUUCUGGGUUCUGUCGGCUCUUGAGGCAGUUGUUCCCUGUUUCUCUCUCUAAACCACCUCCUCCUCCUCCUCCUCUAUCUGUGCCUCUCUCCCUCUCUCUAAGUCAUGUCGAAAAUGGAGCUGGUGCCAUAUUCAGACCCCAACUCCAAUUCAAAUUCCUCCACCGUCCCAUGGCAAGACAUGUUCCGAUCUGCCUCAAUUCGAAAACCCGAGGCCACACCUCAAAACCACGCGUCGCCACCACCGCCGCCGCCGGAGCCGUCCACAAAAACCAACCAUGAGUCGGAUCACAGCCCUCUCUCCGGCGACGCCCAGGUACGUCUCGCUCUCUACAUCGCCAUGGCCCACGCCGGCCUAGCCUUCACCAUCUUUAUUCUGUACGCUGUGUGCAAAUUACUUGGAGAAUACUUGCGACCCAUUCUCUGGGCCGUGCUCUGUUCCAUCCCUUUGAGAGGAAUUCAACAGACCCUAGAAGGGUUUUGGUUCGAGCCCUUGAAUUUAGGGCUCACAGAGACUGUAUUGGCCAUCCCUGUAGCAAUAUUUAGGGUCGUUGUGGGAACCCUAGUCGAUAUUCGUGAAAUGUGCUUCCGGUUUCUUCUCCGACGGAAGAAAUCGGAUGGUCUGAGGAGGAAUCGAAGUGGGUUCUCGAGAUUGAUUCGUUGGCUUGUUUCAUUUGGGGUUUUUGUAGUGGCUUAUGAAGAAUUUGGUAGCUUUGGGUCACUAUCACUUCUUGGAUUGGGAUUCAUGUUUACUUCUAAUACUGUUGACUCCACCAUGUCUACUGUUUCAUCAUUAAGGAGUCGGAGCUUUCGUCGCAGCGCGAUGAGCGCAGUUUUCACCAGAGGGCUAUUGAAAAGGUUGAAGACAAUUGUGGCUAUUGGGUUGAUUGUUGGGAUGAUAGUCGGAUCGUUGUUAGGUUUGAUUUUUUUUUCAUAUAAAAUAGGAGUUGAGGGUAAGGAUGCUGUAAUUUCACUGAAAUCUCAUGUAGAAGAGAGUAACUAUGCAGAGAAGAUUGGCGUUAAGAAAUGGAUGGAAGAGAAUGAUGUGCCUGAAAUGAUGGAUAUGUACACUACCAAGUUAUAUGAGACUGUGUUUGUGCAGAUUGAUAGUUUGGCAAUGCAGUACAAUUUGACAGAGUUUGUGACUGGUAUCAAGCAUUUUGUGGUAAACCCAUCUUUGAACUCUUCCGGGCGCUCUAAGGCUCUGAUGGCUCCUUCCCGAUACACGGAUAAACUUCUUAGCUUGAGGAAGAGGGUUGUAAAUCGCGAAUGGGGGGGGAUUUAUACCGAAGUGGAUGCAAUCUUUAGAGAAUUACCAAUCACCAGGGAGGAUUUGAUUGAGAAGACAAAAGGGUUUGUCAGUCAAGGAACGGAUGUUGCACAACGUGUGUUCACUAGUAGCACAUCGGUUCUUGGUGGCAGCGCGAAGCUCAUGUUCUCGAUUGGUCAAUCCAUUGUGUCUGGAGCUGCAGGUCUCUUCAAUUUUGUGUCUUCAUCAAUGGUUUUCUUUUGGGUUUUGUAUUAUUUGAUCACAUCAGAGUCUGGUGGGGUAACAGAGCAAGUGAUGUGUAUGCUUCCCAUUUCAAAAUCUGCUAGGACUCGAUGUGUUGAAGUUCUAGAUAAAGCUAUUUCUGGUGUUCUCUUAGCUACUGCUGAGAUUGCUUUCUUUCAAGGAUGUCUCACUUGGCUUUUGUUUAGAUUAUACUCGAUACACUUCUUGUACGUGUCUACUGUGCUUGCAUUCAUCAGUCCUUUGUUGCCAAUCUUCCCUUAUUGGCUUUCAACAAUUCCGGCGGCUUUGCAGUUGGUACUGGAUGGUAGAUAUAUAUUGGCCAUCAGCUUGUCCUUUAUCCAUCUUGUGCUUAUUGAGUACGGUAUUUCCGAAAUUCAAGAGGAUAUACCCGGUCAUAGUGCAUAUAUUACCGGGCUUAGCAUCAUUGGUGGAAUGACAUUGUUUCCAUCUGCAUUGGAGGGAGCAAUAAUGGGGCCGCUGAUAACCACUGUUGUGAUCGCUCUUAAGGAUUUAUAUGUGGAAUUUGUUCUGGAAGAACCAUCGGAAGAUGACACAUAGAAUGCACAGCAAGUUUAAUGCGUAUUUUUACAAGAAGAAAUGUUGGGUUGUACUACAGAAGAAAUGCAGAAGCUGUUGUUUCAGGGGCUUGAAUUUUUUGGCAAUCUGUUCCCAGAACCACUCCUCCUACAUAGCAUGUUUGUCCAGUUUUAUUGAUUAUAUGCUCUCUCUCUGGUCUCUGGGUUGUUUUUCUUCUUUCUUUCUUUUAAAAUUUUUAUUUUUCCAUUCUUUUUAGUGUGUUAAAUAGUAGUUGUGUAGUCUCUUAUUAUUCAAAAAAAUUGUACAUUUUCCAUGGAUUUAUUUGCAUAAGAUAAUUUUCUCUCUUUUCUCCU